AUGAUAAAACGCACCCGUACGACAGCUAUGAUCCAUUCGCUCAUGAAUAUCAAAUUUCCAAACUCAGGUUUUGGGAGAUCGUCGAACAUAAUCACACACAGAGCUCGUAAAGUGCGGUGUAUCUUCGUUAUUGUCGGUGCUCUCAUAUCGUGGCUUACCCCUUUCCGCUUUAACAUUGCCACAAUAAUAUUGUUACAGGUGUACAGAAGUGCUUUAACACGU